UUCAUCUCAGCGCACAAAAAAUGUACUGCAUAGAUGUGUGAAACUAGAGCCUCCAACUGAUUCGCCGAGGAAAUGAAAACGCACCCAAAACAUAGGAUUCUUUCCUAUGUUUUCUUUGCCAACUCAGCCAUGCAGUAAUCAAACUCAAAUUGGUUCUCAUGGUUCUCGCUCUCCCACUUCUCUUACAAAAUGCAGCCGCCCAAAACGAAACUCUACCAUCAUCAUCUUUUCCUCUGCCGCUGCCGCCGCCACCGCCGUCAAAGUCAGAAAGCUUUUCAUUUGACACAAAACUUAGAGUAAACCCCUCGAUGGCAAUCAUUUUUGUCUGCCUUAUAAGUGCUUUCUUCAUAAUGGGGUGCGUCUCCGUGUCCAUCCGCCAUUGUUCCGAGCAUAGCCUCGACGCCAUAACCGAAGAUUACAACCUUGGCUCACGCCGUCGCUUACGUCGGGCAGCGGCUCGUGGGCUCGACUCUUCAGUUAUAGACACCUUCCCCAUGUUCUUAUAUUCCGAUGUUAAAGGGCUCAAGCUGGGCAACGGUGCGCUAGAAUGCGCUGUUUGUUUAAACGAGUUUGAGGACGAUGAAACGCUCCGUUUGCUUCCCAAAUGCUCUCACGUCUUCCAUCCAGACUGUAUCGGAGCUUGGCUGGCAUCCCACUUCACCUGCCCCGUUUGCCGGGCCAACCUUGUUGUGGAUCCGGUCGAACUGGAUGAUGAUGACCGUGGUUCAGACACUCAUGAACCGGUUGUCAAUCUGUCAUCCAACUCCAUAUCGACCCAAGGUUUCAAUAACUCGACUUCUCAAACCGGUAAUGUGGCUAUUGAUAUCCAUAUUGGUUCACCCGAGGUGAUAAACUUGUCUGAACCAACCAUUCAUACUCACACGAAAAAAUUGCGAGUUAAUGAAAAAUUUCCUCGAUCACACUCAACUGGUCACUCAGUGAUUCAACCAGGUGAAGAUUGUGAGAGAUUUACACUAAGAUUACCGGAGGACAUAAAAAACCGUUUAAUUAACUCAGAGUUAAGCAGGGCGAAGAGUUGUGUGGCUUUUACUCGAAUUAGAAGCUCCACAAAGGGGUAUAGAAGGAGUGAAAGUGGUGGUGGUGGAACACGGAAUAAUUCAAUAGAUUAUGAACGGUUGGAUCAAGUUGGCCGAUUUGAUAGGUGGGGUUUUACAAUUAACCCGCCUUUCUUCUCUCGUACUGGUUCGACCAACGAUGUAGUUAACCAUAGUGGGGAAGAGUCAGCAGGAAACCCCAAGAGCUUGUUUAGGUCCGGUAAGAAUUUUAAAACAUCAUUUGAACGUUUGUUUAGCAGUGCUCAGAAAGAGGUUGAUGGGGAAAGAUCGUUCAAUAGGUUAAGACCAGAUAAUAGUCCGGUUUAAAGUUGUGAACUAAUCAAAUUUCUGUACUAUAGAUUAAGUAUUGGACUCAAUUUAUCUUC